CAUAAUUGUCAGUCGUUUGCUCUCUCUCCUCCUUUUUUUACGCGCUUGCAGGCCUCGUAGAACCACUGUAGCUGCGAUUCCGGGGCCACAUACCGCAAACUUGAGGGCUACAUCGUCGAGUGACAUGGCCUUCCAGCUGGGGCCCCACGUCUCUACAAGGGCAGCCGCCUCGCCGGCGUCCAGGGUAUCAGGUCCCGCACCCUCCACGUCCGCGGUCAGGUCGGCGACCAGGGGAGCAACCGACUCGGUCGCCAGGCAAGCCUUGCCGUCCGGCGACACCUGCAGAGGAUCAGCCAGCGCGCGGAGCGCAGCCUCGCGCCCACCGACGGCCCAGCGGCCCGUGAGCGUCACCUCGGCCCCGCCGUGCCCCUCAUUGGCAGAUCCGGCGGCGGCCGCGCGCACAGCAAGGGCCUCGACGGCCGCGCGGCGCACGAUGGCCUCGAGCGCGGCGGCGUCCUUGACCUUGGCGGCGCCGCCGGCGAAGAAGGGCUCGAACCCCAGGCGGCCAGUCCAGUGGCCUGGGCGGUCCCACCAGCGGUCGAACCCGCCCACCAUCGGGAGGUCGUCGCCCGUGACGGCGGGCGUGUAGGCGACCUCCUUGGCCGUCGGCGCCCACUGCGGCUCCGGCGGCAGCGUCAGGUCCGUGAUGAUGGGAUCUGCCGCAGCCGCCGCCCCGCGCCGCCUGGUCGCGGGCGGCUCGUACGCUGCGACAGCCGUGUCGGUGGCAGUGGUGGUGGUGGUAGCGGCAGCGCCCUGGGCUGCUGCGUCGGCGGCGGUAUCGUGUCCUGCCGGCCUCGGGCGGGUCGUCGAGAAGAAGCUGGGGUUGCCGGUGACGUUGGCGGCAGAAGGGCACCACCGGGAUGCGCACGGGGCCGGCUGGUGGGGGCGCAGCAGCCCGGAGGCCUGCCGUAAUAUUGCUAACCGCCGCAUCUUUUGUGUCUGUAAUUCCAAUUGGUAUGUGCGACUCGUCGAAAGUCGAGCCACGGUCGCCUGCACGCCUCGCCGGUCGCUCGCGGGCUCUUGGCCGUGGUGAGAAGCUUCAGAAAUUUUGGUGGAGCUCCAGCAGCCAAUAGAAUUGGGGCCUGAGGCAGAAACUCGUGCGACUGCAUUCAGCUGUUGCACGGCCUGUAGCUCAAACCGUCGCCACAGGGAGCUCGACGACGAUGAGCUCGGGCAUGUCUCCAAAGGGCCUUGAACUUGCGCACGUUACCUUAUCCUCGGACAAAAAUCUUCCAAAAAAAAAACAAUUGUCUAUCUGGCCUCUCGAUAUUCUUUUCCCGCAGACGGAGGCGGCCACAUUAAAGAUGGCCAGGUUACCGAUACUAUUCGUCCUCCUUGCAGCGCUCGCGUCGUUGGCCAUCGCAGCUUCACCGCCGACGUUCUGCAAGUGCACCUGCUUCAAGAACAGCACCAUCAUCCCGCUGGGGCCGGGCCACGAGCCCCCCGCCGCGCCGCCCGCGCCGAGCCCGACGACGACGUCAGUAACGGCAACAACAACCCCGCACCCGGACGGCAAGGACAAGCGCGCGGAGGCGGCGGCGGCGGCAGCGGCCCCGCAGGCGCACAUGGAGGACAAGCGCGCGGCGUCGUCGAGCUGCUCGCAGUGCAACCGCGCCUUCUGCCUCAAGUACAACCUGCCCAUCUGCAAGGGCGCCGAGGAGAAGGACGUGGUGACCAUGUGCUUCGCCCGCGACUCGCGCAAGGACCGCCUCAUCGUCUGGACCUUCCUCCUCGGCACCGCCGGCCUGCUCGGCUGGGCCGCCGCCCGCCGCGCCCUAGAACAGCGCGAGAUGCGCAAGAGAGCCGCCGCCGCCGGGCUGGGCCGCGGCGCUGGUGAUAAUGUGGCGGAAGGAGGCGGCGGCGGUGGUGGCGGCGGCAACCCCAGGAGGAGCCCCACGCGGAGGGGAGGCGCCGACGCGGGCGGGGACUACAUGUUUGUGGUCGGGGAUGACCGGGGGGAAGGAUCGGCGUCUGGGCUCCGUUCCGGGAGAUGAUGAGGCUAGAUUACAUGAUAAGAAACAAAACUUGCAUAUUUGGUCUUUUAGCACCGUACCGUUGGAUAUUGCACACAUCUCGAUUCUACUUCAUUCUCAACCAUCCUACGUGCCACAAUGUCAGGCCCGCUAUCCCGAAAAUCUGCUCGGUGCUCGU